AUGGGCUUGUCACCGUCUUCACUUCUCUGGCGCUGGAUCUGAAGGCUGUCACGCGACCCCCUCAACCGCUUACGACGCCAGGACGUCGGCCUGAAGACCCACUUGGAGCAGCUGGACCGGCAGAUCAGUGAGCUACAGCUGGACAUGAGCGGACCCUGCGGCAGGGCGGCCGAUGGUGACAGCAGGCCCAGCUCAGGCUUCUACGAGCUGAGUGAUGGCGGCUCCUGCUCCCUGUCUGCAUCCCGCACAUCCGUGUGUAGUGACCACAUGUACUCCUCCCUGGGCACUUUGCUGCCAGCCGACCCUACGGCCAGGCCCGAUGCGGGAGACAGCCGGCCCCGGUCAGCCGACGAGACCACUGUGCACGGAGCGCCCCUGCCCGCCUGGAGACCCCUGGCCACAGAGGAGGGCAUGUCCCGGCCCAGGCCAGUGUCUACAGGUGAUCUUGGAAGAGUCCUGCCGUCCGAGCUGGUGCUCCAGAAAGCCAGUGCAGAUCCCACUUCGGUUCUCUGCCCUGGGAUGGACCUCCCAGCCCCCGUGCUGGACCCCAAGUACCAGUGUGACCUGGUGUCCAGGGGAGGCAGGGAGGUGUACGCGUACCCCAGCCCCCUGCACGCUGUGGCUCUGCAGAGCCCUCUCUUCCCUCUCCACAAGGAGGCCCUGCCGAGUCCGGGCCACUCGCCCCCCAGGGAGCCUCUUCCCAGCCCAGCGGCCCUGGGCUCCAUCCAGACCAGACCUGUCCUUGAGGCUGGCCCAGCUGCGGCCUAUAUAGACAGGCUGCUGAGGCUGCGCGGCCGAGGGAUCCCCCUGAGGGGCAGCGUGGGUGAGCAGGGACCUCCAAGACGUGAGGUGCCCCUAUCCCCGCCUGUGCUUGGUGGCCAGAGAGCAGAGAGGGAAGGUGGCCUGGACAAGCUGGUGUGCACCCCAGAGAGAGCAGGGAUGGGUGGGAUGGCUCAGAGGGGGGACACCGGCAGGGAUGGCCUCGAGCAGCGGGGACCUGAGCUCCUCACAGCCACCCCUCACCCCAGGAGCCUUCCAGAGGAGGGACCCGAACCCCAGAAUGGCUGCGUCCGUGGGGAGACCACACGGGGCUCCCCUCCGCUGGGACAUGGGCCAGCCCCGUCUCCCCACCUACGGGCUCUCAGCUGCCAGGACAGCACAGGCUUGUUGCCCACCAGGAAGGGGGGCAGGGAGAGCCCCGCGCUGGCCCCAGGCCUCUGUGCCCACCCCCCGUUUGCUGACCAUGGGGCUUCCCUUCUGGGGCUGAACACAGGCCACCCCAAGACAAAGGCUGUGAAGGUCAAGAGAGGGGCCACCGACAAGGUCCAGCCAUCCCCCGGGAGGGCCCUCGCAGCCCCCCUGCUGCCCCCCGAGUGGGGACAGGGUCUCGGGAGGAGGCCCGUGCCGGCAGGGGCAGCGCCUAGCCGGUCCUGCUCUGAGCCCAGACUCUACCCCGUGCCCCUCCUGGUGCCCCUGCUGGUGACCCGACGGGAGGGUCGCCGGGCCCCCGCGCAGGCCUUGUUCCCCUUGGAAGUGGCGGCUGGUGGGCAGGUGCAGAAGAAGCAGCGGAGGUGGCUGUCCUCCGUGGAGGUCGCGGGCAGCUUGGGGCCCCCCAGGCCAGCGGUGAACCGAGCCAGGGGCCCGCAGCCGGUGUGUGCCCGGGCCAGGCCCAGGCUGCCCCGCCAGGAUGCCCGGGUCAGGAGUGAGUCAGAGGGCUCCGAGCCGUCGGCUAAGGGCGCCUCCCUGCUCUACUCCACGGUGGCCGAGAGCAGUGAGGACGGGGCCAGCGACCACACCGCCAGCCGCUUUGGAGACCGGGAGUCCAGCAGCAGUGACUCAGAGGUCGGGGCCUGGCCUCGGGUGUGUCCCCCGCAGCCCUCGAGGACCCCAGGCGCCCGCAGGCCAGCCCUGCCCCCGAUGCCCAAGCUGUGCCGCAUCAAGGCCUCCAAGGCCCUGAGGAGAAAGAUCCGAAGGUUCCAGCCCGCAGCGCUCAGGGUCAUGACCGUGGUGUGAGGCCACGGAAGU